UUAUUGAAAUCCCCCUUUUUAAUUUCGUGAUGAUGCGAAACGAAAGCAUUCUACCGGGAAACCUUAACAGUUAGGCGGGUUGUGCUGAGCAACUGAAUGUCUUCAACAAAAAGAUACCAGUACUGUUUUUUUUAAUGGCAGUUUAGCUGCAGUAUGUCAGGGGAGCAAGGAAAGGACUUUCCGUCUGAGAUGAGUGUCUCAGAGGAACAGAGGGAAAACACCCAAGUUCCUCUUGUCAUUAGGGAAAGAUCAGAUUCUGAGAUUUCCAGCUCUGAGUCUGUAAAGAGUGAUCAGUCGAAAGGUGAUGUACCACUUUUCAAUGAGGAAGUUCCAACCAAAAGUGAAAGAUCAGGUUCACCUGUAUUAAGCUCUGUGUCUGUGAAGACUGACCAUUCAAAAGGUGAUGGACCAAACUUUAGUGAGGAAACACCAUCACAAACCAAAAGUGAAAGAUCAGGUUCACCUGUAUUAAGCUCUGUGUCUAUGAAGAGUGACCAUUCAAAAGGUGAUGGACCAAACUUCAGUGAGGAAACACCAUCACAAACCAAAAGUGAAAGAUCAGGUUCACCUGUAUUCAGCUCUGUGUCUAUGAAGACUGACCAUUCAAAAGGUGAUGGACCAAACUUCAGUGAGAAAACACCAUCAUCUUCCAAAAGUGAAAAAUCAGGCUCUGAUGUGGUCAGCUCUGUGUCUGUGAAGAGUGACCAUUCAAAAGGUGAUGGACCAAACUUCAGUGAGAGGAAAGCAUCUAAUAAAAGUAAAAGAUCAGGCUCACGUGUAUCAUUUAGUGAUGAAACACCAUCACAAACCAAAAGUGUAAGAUCAGGCUCUCAUGUGUCCAGCUCUGUGUCUGUGAAGAGUGACCAUUCAAAAGGUGACGGACCAAACUUCAGUGGGAAACUCCAUGUAACAAAAGUGUAAGAUCAGGCUCACAUGUGUCCAGCUCUGUGUCUGUCAAGAGUGACCAUUCAAAAGGAGAUGGACCAA